AUGGGGAGUUUUGUGGCUGAUCUGUUUGUGCUCCUGCUGAUUUCCACACGACAAGUUUAUGGAGUGUCCUUCUACGGUGAUGGCUACAUCCACCUGCGGACAGUGGAGGCAUCCGUUCAGACCUUGCUCCAUGUCCGAUUUCGAACCUCCAGUCAGGCAGGGCUGCUGUUUUUGGCAGCAGGACCUAGAGACUACUUGCUGCUGGAGCUGAUCUCUGGGCGUCUGCAGGCACGCCUAGACCUGGGUUCAGGUGAGCGUUCACUACGCUCAGAAAAGGGCAUCCAACUUAGUGACCUGGGGUGGCACUCUAUGGAGCUGACCCACGACCGCCAUAAUGUCACCAUGACCGUGGAUCGAAAUUCUCACACUAGCCUCCGUAUGCCAGGACCAGAUCUGGAGCUCAGUGUGGAGGAUGGACUCUUUGUUGGCGGAGCAGCUGGUCUGGAUCAUCCAUACCUUCUCAACACCUCCACGGGGUUUAGAGGCUGUGUGGAUGAACUUGUGUUCAAUGAACAUAACCUGCUGUCCAGUCUAAGGCCAUAUUCUGGGUACAAGAGCAUCCAUGAGGUGUCACUGGGCUGUAGUCCGCAGCUUUCUGCGACAGAAGAAGAUCCGGUCAGUUUUUUCAGCUCCAAAGCCUUCAUCUCACUCCCACCAUGGGAGGUGCCACAGGAGGGACUGUUUGAAUGUGAACUUCACCCCUCUGCAAGAGAAGAAGAUGGCAUUAUCCUGUACAGCUCUGGCAACCAGGGAGAGUUUGUAGCCAUAGAGAUCAUAGAUGGUUACCUGGUGGCAACAAUAGGAAAUGGAGAGGGGAGUAAAACUGAGCUGCGUUCUCUAACACAUGUUCACAGCAACCACACCUGGUACCCCAUCCAGCUGCACCUGCUACCCCACAGCAUCCACCUGAAGGUAGACAAGGAGUUAAUCAAGGCUGACCUGAGUCUGGAGCUCCAAGUCAUCCAGCUCAAAGGGCCUCUCCUCCUGGGAGGGCUGAACGAAGAAGCUCUGGGAGAGGCACGGCGAGCUGGGUUGUUCUCUGCCUCGUCUGGAGGAGGAGGCUCCUUUAAAGGCUGCCUCCGAGAAAUUAGGGUGAACACUCAAAGAACGGGUCUCCCUCAUGCUGCCAUCACCAAGGACAUCACUGUAGGUUGUAAGACGGGGCAAGCCCUUGUGACAGCGACCACCAUCAGCCCAACAGACCGUCCUGAGUUAGAUUUUACAACCUCACAACCAAUUAGCAACAGUAAGAAGAACCCUAACUUUUUACUGCUGAGAACGCUAGAGGUAGCAGAAGGAGGCCGAGCACCACUGGAGCCCAAACACAUGAAGGUGAAUCUGGAUUUUCGGAAAUUGGGCAUCCAUCCUUCCCAGUUGAUGUUCCGCAUUGAGGAGCAGCCUGUUCACGGCCAGCUCCGGCUGGACCUCAGACCAGAUCCUGAUGGGAUGCUCGAUGAGGGGCAAGAAAGAACUAUCACAUUAGGAACCGAGGAGAAGGACCGGACUUUCAGUAUGCUUGACCUAUGGCAGGGCCGGGUGAUGUACGUUCACAGUGGGUCAGAGGACCAGAGUGACUUUUUCAUGUUUUCAGCCUUCUCCAACAAUAAAAAGGAGCUUCCUGUGUUUCUGAGGAGCAACCGUCUUCACCGGUUUGAUAUUAGCAUCAGUCCUGUUAAUGAUGCCCCUGUGCUCAGCCUCCCAGAGGGAAACCUUUUUACCCUGCUCAAGAAGUCAAAACGACAGCUAACAACAGAUGUGCUGAGAGUGUCAGACCCGGACAGCAGUCCUGUAGAGCUGGUGUUCAGCUCCCUUGGAAACCUCAACACUGAGGCUGGACACCUUGAGCACCAGGAUUACCCCGGCAGGGCCAUUAACUUGUUCUCCCUACAUGAUCUGGAGGAUGGUAAGAUCAACUUUGUCCACACUGGGGUUUCCACCUCGAGGCUGCCACUCAGGGUCAGCGACGGGCAGAAGUUAAGCAACACAGUAGUUUUGCGGAUCAUGGCGGUGGCACUCGAACACAAACUGGUGAAUAAAACCGGACUGGAGGUGAACCAAGGCGAGGCUUCCAUCAUCACCACCAACCAUCUCGCAGUACAAGUAAAUGUGGCUGAUCAGGCAGCAGAAAUCCGAUACGACAUAACAGAGCCACCACGAUAUGGUGAGCUCCAGCGGCUGCACUCAAGUGGCGACUGGAAACUUACAACCUCGUUCUCUCAGAAACUUUUAGAAAAAGAACGGAUCCGAUACCUCAGCACUUACCAUGGCCUUCAGACUCAGAACAAUGUCACUGAUCAGUUCAAAUGUAAAAUCAGCAUCAAUUCACUUGCUACCGAGGAGGUUAUUUUCCCUAUUGUGGUUCGCUGGAUCCACUUCAAGGUCACACGAAGCAAGAUGGAGGUCAGUGGUGUUCAGUCGGCUGUUGUCACUCCUGAGGACCUCCAUGUAGUUUCAAAGGGUGUCAAACUCAAUGAGAGCAACCUCUUUUUCAGGCUCCGUACAGUACCAAAGAAAGGUCAGCUGUUCCUCGACGACAAAGUUCUACAAAAGAACUCAACCUUCAGCCAGAAGAAUAUUACAAAUGGUUUGCUGAAGUACGAGCUGCUCAACAGGCUACUCGAUGACACAAGAGACACAUUAAGCUUUCAGGUAUUUUCAACACACGCCAACUCGACAAGUUACGACUUCAGAAUCAACAUAAAAACUGAGUCAACAGCCUUCACCAUUGUAAACAAAGGCCUUUCGAUACUGGAAGGAGGGAGUAAAGUCAUUACCAAAGACAUCUUGUUCACUCAGACAGCAAGUAACCGAGAGGUCCAGUACAGCAUCACGGUGAGCCCCAAGCAUGGGCAGAUCAGAAAGAUCAAUCUCUCCAACUCAACGUCCAUUAAUGACAACAUUGUAAGCUUCACAAAUCAGGAUAUCAUGGAGGAGAGGAUUAUGUAUGUUCAUGAUGACAGCGAGACCAAACAGGAUUCUUUUACGUUUCAAAUCGUGGUUUAUAAACCGCAUAAACACACCAGCAAGAAGGAGGAUAGAAACACAGCCGAACACACCUUUAAUAUCUCCGUGCAGCUUGUCAAUGAUCAGAGACCUGUCAGGGUCGUUGACAAAGUUUUCCAUGUGGCCCGUGAUGGCCAGAGGUUGGUGACGUUGAACGACCUUCGCUACCGGGACGAUGAUUCUGACUUUGAGGACAACUGGUUGGUGUACACACGGAGGGGGAUUCCCAUGGGAGAGCUGGUCCUGGCCAGUGACCCCGGUCACAAGCUGUACGAGUUCACACAGCGGGACCUUGAGCAGAAAAAAGUAUUGUUUGUCCACAGAGGAGUGAGUUUCGGACGUUUUGUGCUUUUCGUAUCAGAUGGCAAACAUUAUGUUUCCACACUGCUUGAGGUGAUGGCCCAGGAUCCUUACUUGCAGGUGGAGAACAACACAGGCCUCAUGGUCCAGCGAGGUGGAAUCACCACCCUGACCUCCGCUAACCUCAGUGUCUUCAGCAACCUUGACAUACGAGACCCACAGGAAGUGACAUUCGAGGUCUUCCUUCCACCUAAACACGGUGUGCUCUGCUUUAAUGAUGGAGAUCAAGAUGCUGUAAAAGAAGCAGAUGCAAUUUCAAUAUUCACCCAGCGGGACCUGGUGGCAGGGCGCCUGGCAUAUCUUCACGAUGGCAGCCAUGAAUUGUCAGAUUGGUUUAAUGUGACGGCAAGAGCAAGGGAGAAAAGCACAGAGAGGCAACCGGACAGAGGGAGGAGGGAGGUGCAUCUGGACAUCGGAGUGCCGGUAAAAAUAUUCCUGGAGAGCCAUCAGAGGCCACCAACGGUCAUAAGCAACCGUCCAGUGGUGGUGGCAGAAGGACAGAAUGUCUCCAUAAGCAGAGAACAUUUAGAGGUGGUCCACGAGGACAGCCUGCCCUCAGAGAUCAUUUUUACUGUCCAAAGUCCUCCCACCCUGGGUUUUCUUCAGAGGUUCUCCCAUAUCAACAAGCACCUGAACAACAAUGGAGAACAGCAGCACCUCUAUCAGGGCAUCAGAGAGCAGCAGACAACCUCCUUCACCCAGGACGACCUGAACCAGGGAUCGAUCGUCUACCAUCAGCAGUCCACAGGAAGCACCAACGACUCUGUUCUGUUGGAGGCAACCAACGGGGUCACAAAGGUCGGACCUAUCAGGCUGGAGAUCGAUAUCAUUCCUAUCCUGCUCCCUCUACAGGUGUCUGACUUGACCCUGGAUGAGGGGUCAUCCCUGCCGUUGACUUGUGACAUAAUCAAGGUCGCCAAUCAUCACUUCUCAGACAUGAACUUCCUGUAUCAAGUCAUCGAUCCACCACGACACGGACACUUGGAGCACAGCCGGAUACCGGGGAUGCCCAUCACUGCUUUCACACAUACUGAGGUGGAACGUGAGUACAUCUCCUAUAUCCACGAUGGCAGCGACACACAGAGAGAUAACUUCACCAUUGUGGCCAAUCAGACAGAAAUCAGGAAGCACAGCCUGCCCUGCACCGUUCACAUCAGUGUCACACCCGUCAAUGAUGAGACUCCUGUCGUUACAACCAACCGGGGUCUGAAGGUGUGGGUGGGUUCGGUGACAGAAAUCAGUACAAAUGAUCUCAGUGCAGAGGACUCUGACACACCGUCUGAGGGGCUGGAGUUUGUUGUCACACCACCCAGCAACGGCCACCUGGCCCUGAAGAGCGCCCCCUCCAGACACAUCCUGAACUUCACCCAGAAUUACAUACAAAGUGGACAGCUGGUGUUUGUGCACAGUGGUGCAUCGUCGGGUGGCUUUCACUUCCAGGUGAACGAUGGUGUUAACUUCGCCCCUCGUCAAAUCUUCAGCACGACAGCCCACUCUCUGGUCCUCACCAUGCACAAAAACCAUCCAAUGGAGGUGUAUCCAGGCUCGGUGACACCAAUCUCUGAGCAGGAGCUUCAGGUGGUAACCAAUGACGUCAGCGAUAUCAGAAGAAACCACUCUGUGGUGUUUACAGUGACUGCUCCUCCUAAACUUGGCCGUCUGGUCAGACGUAUGCCUGACAACUCUACACAAAACAUUUCUACAUUCACACAAAGCAUGGUGAAUGAUGGAGUCAUCCUUUACCAUCAGAACAAGCCGGAGUCAGUGGGAUGGUCGGCUGCAGACUAUUUCUCUUUCACUGUGUCCUCUCCUCCCGCUUUCCUUCCUCCACACACCUUCACCUUCUUAAUCUCCUACCAGGCCAACGAACAUCAUGACCACCCUCAACACAAGACCAGACUACUAAACAACGCAGGUGCUGUGGUGGCAGAGGGAGGCAGGGUCACGAUUGACAGGUCUAAACUCGAUGCCUCCAAUCUCCUGGGGAAAGUUCCAGAGCCCCGACGGAAAGACCAUCACAUCCUAUACCGUGUGAUUUCUCUGCCACGUCACGGGGCUCUGUCUAUCCGAGGACAUAACCUCACCAGAGAUCAACCAGAUUUCUCACAGAUCACCCUGAAUAAACUUGGCAUUAUGUACAUCCACGACGACUCUGAGACGACGACCGACAGCUUCACUUUCCGGGCUUGGGUGGCUCCUUUGGAUCUCCCCCCCUCAUCUUCCUCUUCUGCUUUCCUGGCAGUGACGGAGAUGUUCAACAUCACAGUGACACCAGUCAAUGACCAGCCGCCACUCAUCAGGAGCAGAGCCCCGAGUAUGAAGGUGGUAGUCGGAGAGAGAGUUGUGUUUGGUCCAGACUAUCUGCAGGUUGAGGAUCAUGACACCCCUCCAGAGGAGCUGCACUACCUCGUGAUCAGUAAGCCCAACAACGGCUACCUGACACUGGGGGAAAGACCAGAGCCGGUGACCUCUUUCACCCAGUAUGAUGUCAACCAUGGCCGGCUUCACUUUAUACAGCAGGGUGAGCCCUUGACAGGAGUUUUCUACUUCAAUGUAACCGACGGUUAUCACCGUCCACUCUACAAACUGUUUAGUUUGGAGGUGAUUAAGCCUUCUGUCUCCAUGGUGAACAACACUGGCCUGUCAUUGGUUCAAGGCAGGAGUGCUGUGGUCCUCACAACCAACCAGCUGGCAGCUCAAACCAAUGGUCGUAGCCGGGCCAAGAUCACCUACACGGUCGCCACACACCCUCGCCACGGACGCAUCGCUAUUGACGACCAGGAGGUCAUGACCUUCAGCCACGAGGACCUGCAGUUCGGUCGCGUUGUCUAUCACAUGACUGAUCUGAGCGAAUCAGAGGAUAGCUUCCAAAUCUCUGUGUCAGCCUCGUCAUCUGGUGUUGAUUACGGAAAUGUAACAGCACAGACAGUGAAGGUAACUGUGCGGCCUCUGAUCUACCUGAGGGAGCCGGUCAGAGUACCCAGUGGUAUCGCCGUGAAAUUGGGGAAAGCCAUGAUCGAUGCCUCUGAACUGGCGAGAAUCACUCGAGCUGACCCGGUCUUUGAGGUUCUGUCUCCACCAAAACAUGGAAAACUGGUCAAGAUAACCUAUGACCCUAACCAAGCAUCCGAGGUCCUGAAGUCUUUUACGUUCAGAGAUGUGGUGCAAGGCCGAGUCGCCAUCGAGGAGACUCUCAGUGAUGGUGACAACCAGUUCCAUGAUAACAAAUCAGUGCCCACAACAGCUCGAGGCCACACCCCCGCCAGACCUCUCAAUGAUUCUUUCAUCUUCCUGGUGAGGGCUGGUAAUGUCCAACCAGCGAAGGGUGAGCUUCAUUUUACCAUCUUACCCCACCACCAGAUGCAUCACGGUCUGGGUGCUGUAACUAAAGCAGAUGGUGCAAGUCGCGAACACACCACAACCCGUCUACCGACACAUAAUAGGACUACUACUGGAGGAGGAAGAGGAGGUGGACGAGGGGGAUCCACAACGCACAGCAGGGUUGAGGAGGGUUUGCACCCCCACAUUUUGUCACAUAAAAACCACAACAGGACACAGCACAGGUUGAGGCCUCACGGUCGCUGGGGGAACCACACACGCGGUGGGAGUCAUGGAGGAAGAUCAGGGAGUGGUCCAGAGGGAGCUGGAGGGGGUCACAGCCACGCUCCACAACCGCACCCUCCUUCUAUCUUAAACAAUCACGGUCCGGCUAACCCUCCUGACACCCACCUGGUUCACGUGGAGGUCCUCCCUCGCCCUGCCUCCGACCCCCUCCUCAUUAUCCUGCCACUGCUGGCCUGUUUGCUCCUCAUCAUUAUUCUCGUGAGUUUGAUUCUGGUGUUCCGCCACCGAAAGGAGAAGGCCCGUAUGCGGCUCAUCCAGGAGCUCGCUGCAGUGCAGCUACCCACCGAGGGCAGCCCUUACCUGGGCCGGCCAGAGCGGAGUGUGGCGAUGCCAUCUGUGGUAGUCACCCCUCUUGGCCCUGCAAGCUGCCCUACCUCACCGCGGAUACCCCUAAGUCCCAGGAGGAGGAGUCUGGCCCCUGGGAUGACCUUCUGGGGGCCAUUUGAAGCUGAUGGAGCAGGUGGCGAUGGGAAUAUUAGAGGUGGCAUAGGUAUUGAAAGAGAUAAUGUAACAUGUGGUAAUGCACUCCAAGCUGUUACAGCAGGAUUCAAGACCUCUGUGGGAUCUACAUCCCCUACUACAACUCUUAAAGACAACCAGUACUGGGUUUGA